CUUCGAAGGACCAGGUGGACCGACCGCACCUGGCAGGGAAGCGCCUGGGUUCCUGCAACGAGCCAGGCACCUCACGAAGACUGAGCUACCCGGCACAGCCCCAGGCGUAGCACUCGAGGUCUUGCGCAUCGCGGCAGACUCCCGCAGCAGACACCCGCUCUCGCCGCUCUGGACUGGACCACCUGGCCACCCUCAGCUACUCUCAGCGACUCCCAGAGCCUGCUUUCCCGGUAAGCACCCUUCCUAUCGCGCUUCACUGCACAGCGCCCCAGGGGGGCUCAGUAAGAGAUGGAACUGGCGGCUUUGAACCUCAGCGAAGGGAACGAGAGCGGUCCAGAGCCUCCUUCCCUGGACUCCACGCCUCUGUUUGGCAUCGGCGUGGAGAACUUCAUCACGCUGGUGGUUUUCGGCCUGAUCUUCGCACUGGGAGUGCUGGGCAACAGCCUGGUGAUCACCGUGCUGGCGCGCAGCAAGCCGGGCAAGCCGCGCAGCACCACGAACCUGUUCAUUCUCAACCUGAGUAUCGCUGACCUCGCCUACUUGCUCUUCUGCAUCCCCUUCCAGGCCACGGUGUACGCGCUGCCCACCUGGGUGCUGGGUGCCUUCAUCUGCAAGUUCAUCCAUUACUUUUUCACUGUGUCCAUGCUGGUCAGCAUCUUCACCCUGGCCGCGAUGUCUGUGGACCGCUAUGUGGCCAUCGUGCACUCGCGGCGCUCCUCCUCCCUCAGGGUAUCCCGCAACGCGCUGCUGGGCGUGGGCUUCAUCUGGGCGCUGUCCAUCGCCAUGGCCUCGCCGGUGGCCUACCACCAGCGCCUCUUCCACCGGGAAGCCAGCAACCAGACCUUCUGCUGGGAGCAGUGGCCGAACCAGCUCCACAAGAAAGCUUAUGUCGUGUGUACCUUCGUCUUUGGCUACCUGCUGCCGCUGCUGCUCAUUUGCUUCUGCUACGCCAAGGUCCUUAAUCAUCUGCAUAAAAAGCUGAAGAACAUGUCAAAGAAAUCAGAAGCGUCCAAGAAAAAGACAGCACAGACCGUCCUGGUGGUCGUUGUGGUGUUUGGCAUUUCCUGGCUGCCUCAUCAUGUCAUCCACCUCUGGGCUGAAUUUGGAGCCUUCCCGCUGACCCCAGCCUCCUUCUUCUUCAGGAUCACCGCCCACUGUCUGGCAUACAGCAACUCCUCGGUGAAUCCCAUCAUCUAUGCUUUUCUCUCAGAAAACUUCAGGAAGGCCUAUAAGCAAGUCUUCAAGUGCCACAUUCGCAACGAAUCAUCUCUCAGUGAUACUAAAGAAAACAAGAGCCGAAUAGACACCCCACCAUCAACCAACUGCACUCACGUGUGAAAGUUCCCUGGGGCCUCCUGUCAUCCAUCCAGUUCCUGUGUGGACCAUAGAGAAGACACAGACGGUACCAUACAGUAUAGCAGCUUGCUCUCCCAACAACAGUUCAUAUAAAUUUAACUAUAUUCUGCAGCUGUUUAAGUACUUUGAUCCCUUUAGGG